GGGAGAGGAAGGGCAGAGGGUUUUUGGUGGGACCCUAUGAAAUAAAAUUCUGAGCGUUUUUAUUUUUUUAUAUCACAGAAAAAAAAAAAAAUUGAACAUGAUAAGCCCUCCAUCGACUGUUAUUUUUGUACAUUCAACAGCCCAUUGGGAGGCCAUUCAACAGCAACGAGCACAGUUAUUGGGAGUUCCACCUGCACCUGAACCUGUUCAACCUAAAAGAAUCAAGAAGCCAGCACCUGCCGAUGAAAAGAUAAAGCGGUCCCAUGUGGGUAGCGCCAGUAGUCGUCGUCGAAAGCGAUGGACCAACAACAACUUCUCAGAACAUCCUCAAGCAGUACUUUAUGCUGAAGACCUUCGACCACCUGGUUAUGUCUAUAAGCAUCAUGAUGCAUCUAUUCUAGAAGGAGAGACGAUCAUCGAGCCUAUAGAACCUGUCAUACUACCUACAAUUUUAUCUAGACAUAUUAGACAUGACCUUAAAAAGGCUCAUAUUUCACAAGGUCUGGUGUCCAACUACGAGACCCAACUUGUGCAAUUCAUAGACGUUUGGUUAGAUAACCUUGAACAACUGGAUAAUAUAUGCUUAGAAAUCACAUCCAAUAAUCAAUUUGAGAGAUACGUUUUGCAUACAAUUAGUCAAUAUUACGGAUUUAGUUCAUUCAGUAAAACAAAUGAUCAAAAUAUACGAACAACAUUUAUUUUUCAUCCUGCAUACAUGAAUUACCUCACAAAAGAUGAUAGAGAUAUUGAUUAUUUGGAUGCUGCAAAUUGGAUCAUGCCUGAGAAAUCCUUUUUCGAUUACUUGUUCAAUAAAUAAUUCGGUGAAACCAUGCAAAUCAUCAACUGUCUCUCUCUCUUUUUUUUUUUUUUUUUUUUUUUUGCUAAACGCACCUUGGCAUCAUAAAUGCAUUAUUAUUACACAACAUUUUGUUUAAUAUCACAACCCGUCGUAAAAAAAC